UAAAAACAUCUUUGUUAGAUAUACAUACUGGAUUAUACAUAUUUAUAUGUUCGUUGGUUACAUGAGUCUAUACUCGUUGUUUAUAGAAAGGUGAUAGGUGAUAUAUUAUGAAAGUGUUUUUCUCAGUGGACUCAGUUAGUUGUUAAUACCUACGUUAUUAUGGAAUGUAAUGAAAAUAUUAAAGAUUCUAGAAACCAAGAAAUAUUACCAUGUAUUAAAGAUGAAGGAGAUCCUCUAAAGAAACAUAACAAUGUAGAAGUUAAAUCUGAAGCAGAUGAAAGCAGUUAUGGGCAGGAAUCUGUAUUAGAUGAGUAUUGUUCAGAUUCAGAGGAUAUUAAAAUAGAAAACCAUGAGUUAGAAAAUGUAUCUAAUGAAAAUGAAGAUGAAAUAAAAAAAGAAUUGGAGGAGUAUAGUAUUGAUUCUAGAAACCAAGAAAUAUUACCAUGUAUUAAAGAUGAAGCAGAUCCUCUAAAGAAACAUAACAAUAUAGAAGUUAAAUCUGAAGUAGAUGAAAGCAGUUAUGGGCAGGAAUCUGUAUUAGAUGAGUAUUGCUCAGAUUCAGAGAAUAUUAAAAUAGAAAACCAUGAGUUAGAAGAUGUAUGUAAUGAAAAUGAAGUUGAAAUAAAAAAAGAAUUGGAGGAGUAUACUAUUGGUGCUCCACAGGAUACUACAAUGGAAGGUACGAAACCAUUCGAUGCUACCAAAGUACAAUUGGAAACUUCUACUAAUGAAAGUUCAUAUCAAUGUGAAAUUUGUAGUAAGCAGUUUAGUACAAAACUUAAUUUUAAUACCCAUAUGGAAAUUCACACUGGUGAAACACCAUAUAAAUGUGAAAUUUGUAGUAAAGAGUUCACUCAACUAGGUAGUUUAAAGCUUCAUAUGAGUAUUCACACUGAUGAAAGAUUUUAUAGAUGUGAAAUUUGUAGUAAGCAGUUUACUACACUAAGUACUUUAAAGAUUCAUACGAGAAUUCACACUAAUGAAAAACCUUAUCAAUGUGAGAUGUGCUUUAAAAAGUUUUCUCAAAAAAGUAAUUUAAGUAAACAUAAGGUAGUUCACACUGGUGAAAAACCUUAUAAAUGUAAAAUAUGCUUUAAAAAGUUUUCCCUAAAAAGUAUUUUAAAUAAACAUAAGGUAGUUCACACUGGUGAAAAACCUUACAAAUGUGAAAUUUGUAGUAAGAAAUUUGCUUUAAAAGAUAAUUUAAAUAUUCAUAAAAGAAUUCACACUGGUGAAAGACCUUAUAAAUGUGAAAUCUGUAGCAAGCAGUUUACUACAAAGAGUAAUUUGAAAUCUCAUAAAAUAAUUCACACUGAAAAAAAACCUCAUAAAUGUGAAACAUGCUUUAAAAAGUUUUCCCAAGAAUGUGUUUUAAAUAAACAUAAGGUAGUUCACACUGGUAAAAAACCUUAUAAAUGUGACAUUUGUAGUAAGAAAUUUGCUAAAAGAGAUAAUUUAAAUAUUCAUAAAAGAAUUCAUACUAGUGAAAAACCUUAUACAUGUGGAAUUUGUAGUAAACCGUUUAAUCAAAAAAGUAGUUUAAAUACUCAUAUGACAAUUCACACUGGUGAAAGACCUUAUAAAUGUGAAAUUUGUAAUAAGCAGUUUCCUAAACUAAGUCAUCAAAAGAUUCAUAUGAGAUCUCACACUGGUGAGAGACCUUAUAAAUGUGAAGUUUGUAGUAAGCAGUUUACUAUAAAAAGUAAUUUAAAUACUCAUAAAAUAAUUCACGCAAAUGAAAAACCAUACAAAUGUGAAAUAUGCUUUAAAAGGUUUUCUUAAAAAGCUGGUUUAAGUAGACAUAAUAAGGUAGUUCACACUGGUAAAAAAUCUUAUAAAUGUGAAAUUUGUAGUAAGCAAUUUACUCUACUAUGUAAUGUAAAGCGUCAUAUGAAAACUCACACGGGUGAAAGACUUUUGUAGUAUGCACUUUACUAUAAAAAGUAAUUUAAAUACUCAUAAACUAGUUCACACCAAUGAAAAACCUUAUCUGUGUAAAAUUUGUAGUAAGUAAUAUAGUCAGUUAAGUGGUUUGAAUUAUCAUAUGAAACUUCACACUGAGCAGAUGCCUUAUGAAUAUAAGGUAGUUCAUACUGGUGAAAAACUCUGUAAAUUUGAAAUUUGUAGUAAGCAAUUUACUCAACCAAGUAGUGUAAAGCUUCAUAUGAAAAUUCACACGGGUGAAAGAUCUUAUAAAUGUGAAAUUUGUAGUAAGCAGUUUACUAGAAAUAGUAAUUUGAAAACUCAUAAAAUAAUUCACACUGAUGAAAAACGUUAUAAAUGUGAAAUUUGUAAUAAACAGUUUACUCAACUAACUUCUCUAAAAAUUCAUAUGGUAAUUCACACUGAUGAAACACCUCAUGAAUGUGAACUUUGUAGUAAGCAGUUUACUAAACUAAGGGCUUUAAAGAUUCAUUCGUAUGAGAAUUCACACUGAUUAAACACCUUAUAUAUGUGAAAUUUGCAGUAAACAGUUUACUAAACUAAGUAAUCUAAAGGAGCAUUUGAGAAUUCACACUGCUGAAAACCCUAAAAUGUGAAAUUUGUAGUAAGCAAUUUAAUUACCAAAUUAGUUUAGAUUAUGAUAUAAAAGUUCACACUGGUCAAAAACCUUAUAAACGUUGAAUUUGUAGUAAGCGGUUUACUCGACACAGCAGUUCAGCUAGCUUCAUAUGACAAUUCACACUGGUGAAAGACCUUAUAAAUGUGAAAUUUGUAGAAAGCAGUUUACGCAACUAAGUAAUUUAAAGCUUCAUCUGAGAAUGCACACUUAUAGAAGACUUCAUAAAUGUGAUAUUUGUAAUAAGCAGUUUACUGAACUAAGUACAUUAAAAAUUCAUACGAGAAUUGACAUUAAUGAAAAACCUUAUGUGUGAUAUGCUUUAAAAGUUUUCUCAAAAAGGUGGUCUAAUUAAACAUAAGGUAAUUCACACCAAGGUGUAGUCGCAAAUUAAGCAGUACCGGAACGCUAAGACUUUGUGAUAUUGCUUGUAAAUGCAGUGGUAAAUUUUAUGGUUCACAAUGGUGAGAAACCUUAUAAAUGUGAAAUUUGUAGUAAGCGGUUUACUCAACAAAGUAGUUUAAAGCUUUACAUGACAAUUCACACUGGUGAAAGCAUUGGUGGUGAUUGAUUUUUACAAUAGGGGGGGGGCUAUACCUAUAAAAUAUCUAGACAAAUUUGCACUAGCAAAAAAAAAUGCGCCAAAAAUUAAAUUAAAGCCCCUUUUAUUUUUUCCAAUUUUUUCCAAUUUCAUAAUAUAUCAUUUUAAAAAGUUGGUCUAAUUUUAAAAGUGUUUUAAAAGUAUAAAUGUUUGUGUCGUUUAUUUGUUAACAACUCCAUCUUUGUAAAUAAAUAUGCAUGUAAUUUUAUUUUUAUUUUGCUCACACCUUUGUUUUAAUAAAAUUUUAGUGCAUAAUUGAAGAAGCGAGCAUCGAAUUGGCGAAAUAUUAAGUAACAAAAAAAAACACAAUUGUUUUAAUUCCUGACUGAGAGAAAGAAGCUGAUAUAUAAAAGAGACAUAAAUAUAAAUACAGUGUGUCUCACUUAAAAUGUACACACUAUAUAUCAGCUAUCAAAAUAAAGACAGAUUUAAAGUUUUGCUCAGUCAUACAGGUUGAAGGUUCAUAUUCUUUAAGAUACUCAACUAAAAUUUAAAUUUUAAAAGCAGCCUACUGCGAAUCCACAAACACGGUAAAUUUCAGAUAAUUUGCUUCGCAUUAGAGAUAUCCGAAAAAGUUAUUUGAACAAGUUGUUCCAAAUAUUAUUCUAACUCCACACACCAAAUUUCAUGACAAAAUUUGCACUUUUAGAUUUCAUAUUAUUUGUAGUCAGGACCCUAAAAUUGGUUAUCCCGAGAUGCAUAUAACGGAGGCUAGCGGCCGGUCUGCCUCCCUUGUCAGCCACUAGCCUCCGUUACAUGUAUCUCGGGAUAACUAAUUUUAGGGUCCUGUCAUAGCGUGGCAUUUACACUUUGUCUAAUAGUAAGAGUGCUUGUUGUUUUUCGCGAUUGAAAAUAAACAAAACAGUGUAGUGUGUGUAAAAAAUAUGGCAGAGUAAGCCUUCCUUGGCUCCUCUGACCAACCGCCACUGUGUGAAAGACCUCAUAAAUGUGAAAUCUUUACUAAGUCGUUCACUCUGAUGUCAUUUAAAUGCGCAUAAAAGAAAUCACACUAGUAAAAAACCUUAUAAAUGUAAAAUUUGUAGUCAGCAGUUUACUCAAUAAAAGUAGUUUAAAAUUCAUAUGAGAAAUCACACUGGUGAAGACGUUACGAAUGGGAAAUUUGUAGUAAGCGGUUUACUAUAAAAAGUAAUUUGAAUACUCAUAAACUAGUUAACACUAGUGAAAAAUCUUAUCUGUGUGAAAUUUGUAGUAAGCAGUUUAGUCAAUUAAGCGGUUUAAAUUUUAUCAUAUAAAACUUCACAUUGAUCAAAUCCUUAUAACAUAAGGUAGUUCACACUGGUGAAAAAAUCUUAUAAAUGUGAAAUUUGUAAUAACCAGUUUAUUCAACUAAGUUCUCUAAAGAUUCAUAUGAUAAUUCACACUGAUGAAACACCUUACAAAUGUGAAAUUUGCAGCAUGCAGUUUACUAAACUAAUUGCUUUAAAGAUUCGUAUCAGAAUUCACACUCGUGAAACAUCUAAAAUGUGAAUUUUGUAUCAAGCAAUUUAGCUAUCUAUGUACAGUGCCGGAUUUAGGGUACUUGCGGCCCUAGGCCAAAUUACCCCGAGCGGCCCCCGAUAACUUCACGAUUAUGUAAUUAAUGCAUAACGCACAUAAUAUUAAUACAUAACGUUUAUUUUAAUUUUACUUUUUAAAAUUGAUACAACAUUGGUACUACAAAAAGUAUAUUGGUAAAUCACAUUGAACAUUUUGACAGGCAACAUUUUGCGCCUCUGCCCUUAAUUGUUAAAAUUAAAUAGCAUUUGUUUUAUCCGGGGGAAAAGUAGAUACAGGUGACAGCAAAAGACUAAAAAAGCCGAGUUGAAAAGACUUUAUAAGUAAAAGAACAAGCUAAAUAAUAUGAACUGUAUAACAGUAAAAGGCUACGGUACUGAAAAAUAAAAAUAUUAAGAAUACCACAAAUAAACUUUUAGAUCGUUAAAUUGUCACAUUAUUCUCUUAUACUGAAAAACGUCAAUGUCAUGUUCUUAAUUUGGAUAAAGUUGGAUUAGUGAUCAACAUUGACACUCGCUCCACUCCAUACUCAUAAUAAAUCUCAUAUCUAAACUCUAAACACUCAUUUUUCUAGCUUUUUUUGCUGCAAAAUCUUUAAUCCAAUCGUUAGGGGAUGGGUACGUAGUUUCGGCACUAAUGCUAUUUAAAUGGGAUUCAUUUUUUCAAAUCUUGAGAAAACUAAUAAGUUUUUGAAAAAUUUAAACGCAGAAUGAAGGAUUACGUUCUUACCGAGGGCCGAAAGUCUUUGAAAACUUUUGUAAUGUUUAUUUUAAUAAACUACAGAGGUGAAAAACUAAGAGAAAAUGUAGUGUAAUUUUUAAUUUCAAAUAUCUCGUUCAAUGAAAUAGGUCUGGAUCCCGCGUAUGAAAAAAAAGUUGAUUAAUAGCAAGCUAAAAAUUUGUUAAUAGCUUAAGGGUGUCUAGUAGGAUAAACUAUGAUAUAUGGGAACACU